AUGAUAGUAGCGUCGUCGUCAUCAUCGUCGUCUUCAGCGACUGUGGCUGUCGACAAGGCGACGAGCGAUCUUCUGAUAAGCCCUGAUUGGACUAUGAACAUAGAUAUCUGUGAUUCCGUCAAUUCUCAUCAUUGGCAGGCAAAAGAUGUCGUAAAAGCUGUAAAGAGACGUUUGCAGCAUAAGAGCUCCAAAGUUCAAUUUCUAGCCUUGACGCUUUUGGAGACAAUGGUGAAGAACUGUGGUGAUUAUGUCCAUGUUCAAAUUGCAGAGAGAAAUAUACUAGGCGAGAUGGUCAAAAUUGUCAGAAAGAAGGCAGAUAUGCAGGUGAGGGAAAAAAUCUUAAUAUUGCUGGACUGUUGGCAAGAGGCAUUUGGUGGGCCUGGAGGAAAACAUCCUCAGUACUACUGGGCAUGCGAAGAACUAAGGCGUUCUGGAGUAGAAUUUCCCAAGCAUUCAUUAGAAGCACCUGCAAUUUUUACACCGCCCGUUACACAGACAACAUUGAGACAUGCUCAAGCAGGAUAUGGAAUGCCUAGCAAUUCCUCAAGAAGGCUUGAUGAAACGAUGGCUACAGAAAUGGAGAAUUUAAGUUUGUCAAGCCUGGAUUCUAUGAGGAAUGUUAUGGAGCUUUUAAGUGACAUGCUGCAAGCUGUGAACCCUAGUGACCGUAUGGCCAUAAAAGAUGAGGUGAUAGUCGAUCUUGUCAACCGAUGUCGUGCCAACCAGAAAAAACUGAUGCAGAUGCUAACUACAACUGGAGAUGAAGAACUUCUUGCUCGAGGUCUCGAUUUAAAUGAUGGUCUGCAAAGUUUGCUUGCAAAACAUGAUGCCAUUGUUUCUGGUUUGCCUGUGCCAACUCAAGCUACAAAUGUCAGUCCCCAGCCAACUGAAAAGUCUCUGUCCAGUUCCAAGCAGACUGAAGUAAAAGACUCCAGCGCAAGUGACUCUAGUCCAAAACCUAAUACUAAUCCAUCUGCACUAGUUGGUACCAUGACAAGGGUCCAGAUUUAUGAAGACGAAGAAGAGGAAGAUGAAUUUGCACAGCUAGCUCGAAGGCAUAUUAAACCACGCGCAAUACCUCCUCAAAACACAUCUAGUGGCAGUGAUGAUGGUUUAGCGCUGGUGAGCACCAGCAGCACAAUAAAUCCAUCUUCCACAACAGCUACAUCUGUCCCGAGCAAUGCAUUAGCUCUGCCUGAUCCACCAGCACAAGUUAAGACUACAAAAGAGCAGGAUAUGAUCGACCUAUUAAGUAUCACUUUAUCAACAACAGCUGCCUCCCCUGACACCACCCCUCAUGCCCCAGCAUCUAACCCUCAGGCUGCUCCAUCCAACGGCAACAUGCAUCAGGUACCUGUUUCCGCCAGUGUACAAGGGAAUCCCUAUCCUUCACAACCUUAUCCUGGAAAUCUUGGGAUGGCGUCCCAAAACAGCUAUGUUGUUCCUUGGGCACAACCUCAACCCCAACUCCAACUCCAACAACAGUUCCGGCCACAGUUACAACCUCAAACACAGCCUCAAUUCCAGUCACAAUUUCAACCUCAAACACAGCCUCAAUUCCAGUCACAAUUUCAACCUCAAUACUCGUCUGGCUACCCCCCUCCACCAUGGGCAGCCACACCUGGUUAUUCUAACAACCAAAACCAUUUGUCCGCCAAUAAUACGUUUUCAACUCCUCGGGCCAAUGCAACCACAUCUUAUAUGCCGGCACAAGGAGCUAGACCUCUGCAGCAUUUUAAUUCGUUUCCUGCAAGGGGAAUCAAUGGGUCAGAUAACAAUGGAGGUUUCCCAGUGAUCCCUGGUCCUAGGAGCCCUGCCCCUGCAGCAGGACAAAAGCCCUUUGUUCCCUCAUACCGAUUAUUUGAAGAUCUGAAUGUGUUUGGCAAUGCAGAUGGAAAGUUUAAGAUGACAAACAGCAACACGUCGUCUAGCUUGUCUGGGACUGCCGGCCAAGGUAUGGUGGGUGGGAGGAAGUGA